AUGGAGUGUCCACUUAAGUGGACAAUAUUAAAAUUUAUCACAAUCUUAUUACUAAACAAUCACCAGGUUCUAAGUCAAAACACAAGUCAAGGUGCGCCAGCUGUACCGUCAGGACCAAUCAUAUACAGGGAGUGUGUCAAAGAGGGGUCUAAUUCAAACAACCCUUCACCAACACCACAAUUGUUAAAUACUGUACUAACGAUAGCCGCAGCGAAAGGAGUGCUUCCUGACAUACUUCCACAAAUUCAACCAACUAGAACAGUGUCACCAGAGACACAGUCUACAACCCAAGAAUUCACGCAGAAAAAUAUUGCUAUAGUGCCUACAUCUCAAUCUAGCUCUUUUUAUCAACAAGAACCAGUUUUUGCAACUACUCAAUCAGUAGCCCCAGCUAUACCCAACACGAAUGCAAUAAUUCCAACUUCAUCUACAGCAUACACGCAUUCACAGUUGGCUAAAGUGCUUACAGUCCCACCACUUAUAAUUUCACCUGGCUUAAAUCAAGGAACUCAACAAAAUAAUCCAUUUAUUCCGUCCAUUUCUGAAUUUGCACAGCCACAAUCAACAGUGCUAAUUCCACAGAUAAAUGACGAACCGUGUCAUUGUUUUCAAAUUAGCGAAAAAUCUGAAGAAAUGACAUCAGCGCCAGCAUUGCCACUUGAAAGCACACCGAGUACAUUUGAAAUUACAAACGGAUUAAAUUUGGAACCGAUAUGUACAAAUUCAAUUUUGACGACAGAAUACGGUCAAUCGUUUCCGAUUAAUUUACAAAUUUCGAUACCACCACCCAACGUAGAGGCUCCGCGAAUUACGUUUAUAAAUGCAGCGUUACCAACACCAUCGCCAGAAAAGACUGCUUCCGUAGAUGUAAAUUCAUUCACAAACCCUAACUGGUUUUCAAAUGGAUAUUUACCUCCAGCGCCACCUCAACAGGUCAUUAUAAAAAAGAAGAAAUCGUUGCUAAAAGACUGGUUGCCAAUAAUGCUUUUAGCAAUGUUUAACAACGACCGUGAAAGUUGUAUUAAUGCUGGAUGUUGCUGUUGCUGUCCUUGUAAUUCUGGAGGUGGUAACUCCAUACCCAUUCCAUAUCCUAUACCGAUACCGAUUAAUAAUCCAAUAAUAAAUUCAGGAUUUUUGUGUCCAAAGUUAUCUAGAAACCAAGACUCUAAAAGUAAUAGAUAUGAUGAUGAUGAUGAUGAUGAUGACUGA